UUAGAGAACUGGCAUCCCUGAGCCUCCUUUGUAUACCUCAAGAUGGCUUUCUCUGUUCCAGACCAGUUGGUGGCUCUCCUGCAGGUUGAUUUAGAUCUUGAGUAUUUUAUCAUCACCCAAUGCUGCUUAAGUUUUCCUAACCACAAUACUUAGUAUAACUGGCAAACUAGAGGGCACUGACACCACUAAGGUGCUAGUUCACCUAGUGGCAAUAUGUAUAUGUUUGGGACAUUUUCCCAGCAAUCACCACCACCACAGAGAUUUCAACCUCUGGGGCAUUGUACCUCAUGCCUGGAGGCUAAGGUCCACAAAACCAGUAUAAAGCUAACACCAGCCAUCAGGGUUUUGCUUAAACCUUCCUGAAGCUCCAGUGCCCUGAACAUCUUCAGGGGCUUACACUGCCACGCCAAGGGUAUGCAAAACCACAGGGAGACUUUAACCCCAUGCCUGAAGCCUAUGCCCCAGGACAGUGUUAGCUUCCAAGUAUCUGCAGAUGCUAGUGCUGAGAAAUCUCAGCAUUUGUAUUUCUCAAAGCUGACCCCUGCAGUGAGGGUGAACUUCACAAUGUAUCUAAGAAUAGGUCCCAUGUGGCUAACAGAAGUCAUGUUCAUUUACCAGGAACCAAAACCAGUUGCAUUUUAACCUUGCCUUCCUCAUGGCUUCUAGUUGUCCCAGAAUAGAGAGCUUUCAGUGUCUCUCAAGUCCUAAAUACACAGUGAGUGGGCUGGCUGGCCCCUAAACAUGGCUAACAUUGGUCCACUCUCCCUGGAAAUGUAGGGAUAAAAGGGUGGGCCUUACUUCUAAUAGGGAAGGAAGUCUUGGCCAUUCGGUAUCCAGAUAUAUCAACUAGAUAAAUAGGAAUGGCUGUUCAUCCUUCCCCCUUCCAAAGGCAUCAGAUAACCGAGUUGGGCCAUACCCAUGCAUUCAAAGGCUUCACAGUUUAGGAAAGACAUGAGUAAUUAGGAGGCACUUCAAAACACAGCUUUCAUGACAAGAUUUGAGUAAAUGCAUAGGAAAAUGGUUGGGUAUAGGUGGAUGUAUUUGGAGUGAUUUAAAUCUGACGAUAGAAGCCUGAAUAAAUUGUUAUAGGAAGUGUAUUUUAGACAUUUGCAGGGUGCUGGACAAGAGGAUCUGCCGGGCUCCAGGUAGGGGCGGGGCUGUGGGCACAUCAUGAUGUCAUCCUCUCUAGCCUCAGACUCCCUUUGUGACUCAUGAUCUGUGAUGCAGAGCUGGAACUAUAUAGUCAAGGGCUUGACCCCUCAGCCCUCAGUUGCCUCUCAGCAGCAUUGCGAUUCAGAUAAUGGAGUACGUCCUCUCAUUUCUGAAAAGCCAUUUUGAGCUGUGGCUGAGCUUCAGCUCUAUUUUUAUUGAUAGCAACCUCAAUACACUUAUUAGUGGGUUGGGGUUGAUCUUUUUGUACCUGAGCUACCUGGUAUUAAAGCUACUUUUCACAACCAUCUGGAAAAACAAGACCAUUGCAAAGGUAAGGGACUAUGGUGACAGGGUAGAGCCAAGAGGCGGCGGAAAGGUGGGACAUUUACAGAGAGACUCCUCUAUGAUUCUUAUGCUUCUACUUUCAUUACAUAUGUUCUACUCUCCUGAUUUCCCAGGUUCAAGGAUUAACCAGAAAGAAGCAGAGGACGGAUGGAAGUUUCUUUCUGCUUUGAAAAGACCCCAGAGCCAACAUCAAGAUAUCACCAGCUUCCGUCACCUGCUGUGUCCAGACCCUCACUGUACGGUGUGUAACAGAGUGGCUGCCAAAGUCAGUUGACUGCUGCCGCUGGGGUACCUGCUGGAUGAUACUUCCUCUGUGCAUUAUGUGGCUUCCUCAGCUUCUGUGAUUAAGACCUCAUUCACUGUGACAUCUGGCCACUCAAAAACUUGUCCAAGAGGCCAAAAAUCAGCCUCUUUGCGUGUGCCAUCUCCACCUCCCCCUUCUACUGUCUCACUUAACCAUGGUGCUUCUUUACCUGGUUUGCUGUCCCCCGAACCACCAGCUGACUCAGUACCACCAGAGCCUAUUCCUCCCUUGGCUUCAAAACUCCCAGUGGACCCUUUCCCACCGCAACCUAUUGCUAUUUGCCCUCCCAUGCCACAUCAUACUCAGAGAUCAGUUCAUGAUCUCCAUCCAGAGAUUGCUUUCUCUGUAAUGAAUAGCCCUGAUGUGUUGUCAAUAGAUAUUCCAAGAGUCAGUGAAAUUGACCAUUCAAUGCCAGAAUCAUCCUGGCAGCAGGCCCAGGUCAAGGAUGGCAAAGACUUGUCCUCUUCCAACUUAGAACAAAAUAGUAUCAAACAUGAGCUUCUUGAUGGCCAAUCUUCUGAUACUUCUUGUACAGAAUGUGCAUCCAACCAUGUAGAACCCACAAACUUCUUGUUACUCAGCCAUGAUGAUCUGGCACUCUUAGAGAAACAAGAGAGGGGUGAUUUCCUGAUCUGGACAGAAAAGGAAAAUAAAACAACUUAUCAGUCCAACCACCAACUGUAUUUAUCAGAGUCAAAGUUAGAGUCAAAUGCUGAUAGACAUGACUCAGCAGUCUCCCUUUAUUUUGGAAACAGCAAAGGCAAACCAGAGGAGCUGCAAAUGAAUCAGCAGCCUCCAUUUCCUAGGUCCUCUGAGAAUCAAUUAACAGAAAAAACGUUUCCAAUACUUUUGGGUCUUCCAUAUUUGCACAGUGAGUCCUUGUGCUCAAUUAUCCAUCAUUCAGAUGACUGUCCCUCAACUUGGGUCAUCUUUAAUGGCAUCUCCAAAGCUUCUACAUCUCAAGGAUCUUUAGGACUUUCUAAUUUUCAGCCUCUGAUCUUGCCUGAGAUCCAAUCUCAAUCCUCAACUAAAACUGUCUCCCAAUCGCAGUCACAACAUGCUACUCGCCAGCCUCAGUCCAACCUUCAAUCUCCAAUCCCAAUGCUACCAACAUCUCCCCAUUUCCAGUUUAGGAUCUGUGGAGUGUGCUUCCAUAGACCCCAUCAUGAGGCACAGUGUCUCAUGCAAUCUGAACUUCAGCUAGAAUACAAUGUGCUAUAGAAAGAACAGGAACGUUUGUGGGGUCUACCCUCUAUGGUCCAAACAUCUCGGGAAUACCUUUGUCCUCCACCUCCCAACUUUUCAUUGGUGAGCCAGUCCUCCAAAAUCCAUGUUCCAAUCUCCAUCAUUCCUGGAGAUUACCCUCUGAGCAGUGAGCUUCGUAAGAAAUUUGAAUACCACCUUAGAAAGAGACUCAUUCAACACCAAUGGGGCCUACCCCGCAGGGUCCAUGAGUCUCUGACACUGGUGAAUCCUGAGAGAGAUGUUCCUGAAAUAUAUGCACCAAAGAGUUUUCAGAGAUUUAAAUGUAUAUCUUUGUUGAAGGAACAGAGUAGCAACAAUUUAAGGAAUUCUGAAUCGAGCCGACUUCCAAUCUCCCAUGAGACAAGCUCAGAAGAGUCUCAGUCAGAUAACGAUGAGAAGGGCCACCAGAGACACAGCCCAAAGAAUGGCCCAACUGAUCACCUAUUGAGUGACCCAGAAGGAUACUCAGAUAACAGUUUAGGGUCUGACUCUGAGAAAGAUCAAGGAAGUCAUACAGUGAGUCUGUAUGGAAAUGAUUCAAGGGCCUCAGGGAGAAGUAUAAAUCAUCAAUAACUAGAAAAUGCACUCAAAGAACAUUUGAAUAAGAAAAUCAGGGAAAUAAAUGAGGGUAGACUUGCUGAGACUGUUCAUAGUUCAUGGCAUGCCCUCAAGGAGACAGUGUCUUUCGCUGAGAAAUCUCACAGUCAAAAACAGAUAGAUGGGGCAUUAUCUAUGAGAAACAUUAGCUUGAACACUUCCCAGGAGAUUUAUUUCUUGGCUUCUGACAAACAAAAGAUGCUGGAAGACCAUAUAAGUAGUUUUUGCAUGAAGAUGAGGUGUGACCUUCCCACCAGGGUCCUUGAAUCCAUACAGAUCUUCAGCAAGAGAAAGGGAAUCAUCUUCUUCCUUAGGCCAUUCCUAUUGUUCCUUCCAAGAUAGCCUUAGUUCUGGGAUGCAUUCCAAAGUUAUGGUGUCCAUUUCACUUGGUAGGAGCUCCACACCGUUGUGUAGAGACAAAUUGAAGAUGAGAAACUCAGCACCUCAAUCUGGAUCAUCUCCUUCCUGCUGCAUCACUUGUAGGGAAGGGAGGACAGGGGGACCUGAGACCACUGUC